AUGUAGAAAUUGUUUAUCUCUAAAAAUGAUUUUAUAUUCUAAUUCAUAUAGCUUAAACAAGAAGAUCCUAAAAAGAUUUAGUAAUAAUAGAAAAUUAAAAAGGUGUUUAUAAUAGAUAACAAAGCUAACAACUAAUAAUCAACAUUUUCAUUUUAUUCAGGAUCAGAUUUGUGCAAUAAAAUCAUUCUUUAUUCAGAGUAAAAAAAUUUAAAUAAAAAAUAUACCUUGAUGUUAAACAUUAUUUUAACUCUGGUUGCUCAUGUUAAAUCAAUUAUACCAGGGAUAUACAGAGUUUUUAAUAAUGAAAAUUUCAUCAUUUACAAUGCAUAUUUUACUCUCAUCCCAUAUAUUAGUGUUGGAAAUUUAAUAAGUAUGUUUAGUAGAAAUUUGAUUAAUUUGCAAGAUCUAAACUUUAUUUUAGAUUACAAUAAAGCUCUUAGCGCUUUGAUUUCUUAUGAGUCUUAUCUAGGAUUGAAACCUAAACAUAUAAUUAACACACCUAGCAUUAAUCCUCUUGACAUAAAAAGUAUAAAAACGUGGUAGUAAAUGAGGCUUUUGCUAAACUAAAUAAAGAAAAAAGAAAGCAUGAUGAUUGAUAAAUGCACUCUUUUUCUGUUUAUUUACUUUAUUAUAAUUAUGUUUAGUGUCUUUAUUGAUAAAAUUUUGAAAUAGUCUAUACUGAUUUAAGCUGGAUAAUAAAAAUUCAUUUUAAUUUAUUAUGCUAUUGACCAAAUAUUAAUGAUUAAUACAGAAUCCAAUACAGCUUGCUUCAGACUCUUAAAAAUUUGA